GCCAUAGGCAAUCGCGAAAGAUACCCCACAACCGCAGCCCAUGAUAGCAAAGCACACACACCGCAGCUCGAACUAACUUAUACCAGCAAUGGCUUCAGCAAACGAAUUGUCGUCGCCACCAAUCUCUAACCCAGAAGCCACCACGGAUGCUUCCGAAUGGACGUCGUUCGACCCGAGCUCMGAUCUCACUGUKUCGGCCGCGUAUCACCUCUGCAUAUCGGCCGUCACCCCCCGCCCGGUGGCCGUCAUCACCUCUAGGGACCCGGAUUCSAACAUUCUCAACUGCGCCCCCUACUCCUAUACAUCGCUGGCUGGCCACGAUCCUGUGGUGGUGACCCACGGAUUCACGGUCUCGCGGGCUGCUGGAAAGAGAGACACGCUGCGGAACAUCGAGAAAUGCGGGGAAUGGGUCUACAACGUUUUGUCGAAAGARUACCUCGAAAAGGCCAACGCGUGCUCGGCGUCCCUUCCUUACGAGGAAGACGAGACGGAACAUUCCGGGUUGGAGGUCCUGCGGGAUUGCUCUAAUGCGUCAGGGRUUCCGAGGCUGAAAAAUGCCCUGGUGGCAAUGGAGUGCAAGCUGAUCGACAAGAAGGAAAUCACGAACGACGAAGGCCGGCACACAUCUACCAUUGUCAUGGGHCGCGUCACAAGGUUCCAUCUGCAUUCUUCCGUUUUGAAGAAGGACCGGGCCCAAAACGAGCCGMGGGUUGAUWUAGAAGCGAUUCAGGCCGUGGGAAGAGCCGGSGACAUUACUUACUGGCCGAUCGGGACCACGCCUGAAACCGUCCUGCCCUUGACACGGCCUCCCUAGGCUGUUUCAAAAGAAGUCAAUACUGCRAAGUCGAUUCAAUUYGAAGUUYUG